UCAUUGCUGUUCUUAUCACUCUGUGUAUACAAGUGCUGAGGAAGCCCCCAGAGCUGAAAUUCAGAAAUUGUAAUGGAUGAUUCUUUCCCGAAAAUCACUGUAAGCGGUAGACCAAUGAGAGAACAGUAGGCUUGUGGAAAGGAAGGGUUUAGAAGAGACUGAAUCUUUUCAGAUGAACAAAUCAUUUCAGAAGGUCCCCGGUUCUCAGUUGAGCCAGGUGUCCUUUUUUGUGUGGAGUUUGCAUUUGCUCCUGGUGUCAGCGUGGGUUUCCUCUGGGUGCUCUGGUUUCCCCCACAAUCUAAAAAAGGCAGUAUAGGUGAAUUGGAGAUGCUUAAUUGUCCAUAGUUGUAAAUACAUGUGUGUUGAGUCCCAAGCCAUGUAAUGGGAGAGUUGGAAAGACCCGGCGAAAAAUCAUCACCAAGAAAAUUCAUGGACAAUCUCUCACGUAUGGCGAGUUUGCCCACAGAAUCACCAAGAGUCGGAUAUGACUGAAAUGGUUAAUGAAUGAAUGGUGAUGAUUGAGCAGUGUAAACAUCACGGCUCAGACCGUUUGUGGUUAUCUUCUUUGCUUUGAUGUUCUGAUGUUUGGCAUGAAGUGCUCACAAAAAUAACUGAAGAAGAAAAAAAUAUUUUUUAUCUUGCACAUUUUUUGAUUAGCACAGCUAACAAAGAGCACUUGGGUUUCCACAAGAAAGACUUUCUUUGCAUUGCUUUGGAAACAUUCUCAACCAGUUGUGAAAUUGGGAAAGCGCAUCCAGAGAAUGAUCAGUGCGGUCCAAGAGAAAGAAAAUCACAGAAGUGAUGCCUCGAUCCCCGAGCACACGAAAGAGAUUCUGUCCCAUGUUGUAGAGAGUGACCUUCUCCUACAGUCUCUCUCUGGAUUUGCACUGGUCGUGAGCUCAGAUGGUGUUAUUUUCUAUGCAUCUUCCACUAUUGUUGACUACCUGGGAUUUCAUCAGACAGACGUGAUGCAUCAGAAGGUCUUUGAUUAUAUCCAUGUGGCGGAGCGACAGGAGUUUCAGAGGCAGCUCCACUGGGCGAUGAACCCUGGCCAGCAAGACACUGUAGUUGAGGAUGUUGUGAUGGGUCAUCUGUAUAGCGCUGAAGAGCCUGACGGUGUUCUUCCUGAACUGUCUCCGUUCCUUACGCGGUGCUUCAUCGCUCGCGUACGCUGCCUGCUGGACAGCACCUCCGGCUUUCUGAACAUGCAGUUUCAGGGCAGCCUGAGGUUCCUGCAGGGUCAGAGGAGGAAGACGGACGCUGGAGCUCUGCUGCCACCCCAGCUUGCUCUGUUUUGUGUGGCUGUUCCUCUAGUACUCCCCUCUGUCACGGAGCUAAAGAUGAAGAGUAUGAUGAUGAAAGGCAAACACAAAAGCUAUGGCAGCAGUGAUAAAAGGCAACGAGUUUCCUGUGGCUCAUUUGACAGUGAAGACGUGCUCAGUGUUAACUGGACAAACACAUCGGGUCAUGAUGGUUCAUGGUCAGCCCUGGCCAACAAAAGGUACAGAGGAGAGGGCUGCAAAACCCAAGAUCAGCCGCUCAACUACUGUGUUUCCCCUCUGGGUGUCUGUAGGUUGCAGACUGUUGAUGCUUCUUGGGACACCCGCUCUCCUGUUGCCUUACGCACGGACUCCAGUGAAAACUACCUGCUACCUGGAAGCUUCUAUAAACAGGGCCAUUCUGGAAAAUUACGAAUUGGUUGCAACACAGAAUUGCAGAAGGUGGGAGGUUAUUGCAUCGAUGGGAAGGUGGAGAGAAGGUGCAUGAUGCAGAAUGAAUGUUUUAAUAUGCUUCCUGAAGUGGCAAUUAAGACCGAACAAGAUUCUGACUCUGAAAAUGGGUGUAACCCAUACGGGACGCUCUGGCGCCCUGAAUAUGCACAGGUGAAAACCGAGGCUGAUUACAAUGAAUAUUGUACUUCAUAUCAAAAUGGCAAGGCUGCCAUCAGUGCUCCUAUCAAUGGACACAAGUAUCUGUGUGCAGGAGUCAGCAGACCUCUUAAGUGUGUCCUGAACAAAGACCUGAAUCACUCUGACGUGCCGAUCGGCAGUCAGGACACACAUGCAUUUGCAAAUGCCUCCACGGAUCAUAAAAGCUACAUGCAGCAUGAUAUCCGGCUGACUUAUGAGUUCAGGAGUCGCAACCUGCUGCACACGAUAAAACGGGAACCCGACGACUCUCCACCUUGGUGUCAUGAUGUUAGUCAAGAGCAUGUGCAACAAAAUAUUACUUCAACUUGCACUGUGAAUGCUAGUCUACACAAAGCAAACCCAUAUGUUUACAUGCAGUGAUCAAGUCAACAUUGCUUAUCAGUUACAGUGCUUGCAAGGUGUAUAGAUAUCUUUUUUUCUAUUUUUUUUUUCUUAUCCACAGAUUUCUGCUAUUCAUUCAGUCCAAACUGCUUAACUUUUUGUAGAUCAUUUCAGUCUUUGGUGCAGGCAUGAGUUUUAUUCUUAUCCAAAACCCAAUAAUAACCAACUGUAGAACCGCAGAACCAUACGUAACAGCAGUGCCAGGCCAGCAGUCUCAGAUCGGUGAUUUUUGUUCAAUAAUAUUUUUUAAUUAUUAUUUAAAAUUGAGGAUAUUUUAUGAUACUAUGCAAUAUUUAUACAAUUUUUAUUAGCUAUUUUUCCCCAUUGAAAAUAAUACACAAUUGUUUUCUAAUAUAUUUUUAAAUUAUUUUUUCAAUUAAAGCAGUAUUCCAUGUUAAAUAGAGACAAGGCAUUUAAAAUCCAAUUUUUUGAAGGUAGAUUAGUGCCAUCUGGUGGGAGUAAAAAAGAAAAACUUGUGUAAUGUCAUGGUGUAACCAGUAGAUUCCUAUAGUUUUAUAUAAAGUGGCUUAUAAAUUCUCUAAUGGUUUUUAGUCAUAAAUACUUAUUUUUAAGUAUUUUUUUUUUUUAUGUUGAUUUGAAGUGUCUGUUUUUGCAUUAAUUUUACUACAAUCGACCCUGAACACAGAGGAGGACAUUUUGCUCAUCACAAUUAAAUAAAAAUGUAACAAAAAUGAACAGGUGUGUUUUAUUACAGCUUAAUAAAUCUGGGUCUGAUCUGAUCUUUCAACCUCUUAUUUGAGUCUUUUGGCUCAAUUUUACCAUAUUGUUACAGCCACACCAGUUCAUUUGUGUGUGUGUGUAAGUGUGUGUAAGUGUGUGUAAGUGUGUUCGAGUAGGUGUGUCUGUUUUGUACUCUUUUAUAGCCUCUUCCUUCCUUGCUUUUUUUUUUUUUUUUUGAAAGAAUGUUUUGCAUUUAAAAUCUACCCGCAGGGAUGAUGUCAUUGUCAUAUUUGCAUGCCAAACUGUGAUUUCUCACCAGAAAUCAAGACAAGUGUCAUGACAACAACAAAGCAGCUCUAUAGCAGCAUUUUAUUAAUACAAAAUCCUGAACCUAAACCUGUUCUUUUUCUGCUUUGCAAGCACUGGUAUUUCCCUCAGGACAUACAAAACUAGUUAGAAAAGUUAUUAGACAAUUUAACCAGAUUGUUUAAUCAAAUAAAAUACUUGGGUUGUCUUCAGAUACAUUUUUGAGAAGAUGUUUUGAAUUUUGUCACUUUUAGGUACAGAUUUUGGACUUACAUAUGUCAUAUUCAUGUGGUAAAAGUGUGUACAGACAAAUAAAGAUCAUAUUGCAUUUUA